AAUAUGCUUAUCUACUUAAUUUAAUGUCCCUGAUGAAAUAUUUGUACAUCCUCUAAAUUGCAGGUGAUACUUCUAAGGCAGGGCUUCUCAAGGGUCUUCCAAAUGCAGAGACUAAAAUCAUAUACACUGCCUCUGUGGUGGCUGCAUCUCCUAUGAAAGAAGAUGGAACUGGGUUCAAAGACUCCAUGAAUGAAUCCUGUUGGACUCCCUUCAAUCUCUCAUUCCCUUACAGCAACGAGAUAGUGACGGCGUAUACACAAUCAAAGACGCUCUCAGAGCAGAGGCAUAAUGGGGAGCUUGAGAUAGUGAGCAUUACAUGUGGAUUGGUGGGAGGAGGGGGUACCAUUUCUACAGGCAUUUCUGAUAGUAUGCUGGUGAUGCUUUCACAAGCCAUGAACGAUAAACAGAGGUAUGAAAUGCUAAGGUACUUGGAAGAAUUGAUGGGGAAGGUACCCUUAGUUCAUAUCGAAGAUGUUUGAGAGGCUCAUAUUUUCUGUAUGGAGAAAUCCUCCAUCUCUGGUAGAUUUUUAUGCGCUAAUGAGUAUUUGUCAUCAGCAGAGAUUGCCAAGUGUUUGCAAAAACUCCCAGCUGAUAUCAGUAUUCCUGAAGAGUAAGGUUUUUGAUGAAACUAAUUAAAUUCAAUGGGAUGUUAUCAAUGGAUUUACAUGGUUUUGUGUUAAUGAUUUUGGUUUCAUGUUUGUGGAAAACCUAGGGAGGGAGAUUGUUUGGGGGUCUACAAAGCUGGAGGAACUUGGUUUUAAGUAUAAACAUGAUAUUAACAACAUCUUGGAUGGUUCUUUUAAGCAUGCUCGCAAAUUAGGCCUAAUCUAAUUGCUCUUUGGGGAUACAGUGGGGAGACAGAACAAGGGAGAUAAUUCCCAAAGCUCUAAUCCUGAAUAAGAUUUAUAUAAUUCUUGUGGCUUGAU